AUGUCAUCCACACCUCCACCACCAUCCCCAGCUGUUGCCAUCGGCAUCGACCUGGGCACCACCAACUCCUGUGUGGGCGCUUUUCACAACGGAAAAGUGGAGAUCAUCGUCAACGAUCACGGCCACCGAGUGACUCCAUCAAUGGUCGCCUUCACCGACACUGAAUUGUUGAUCGGCGAUGCGGCCAAGAAACAGGCGGUGAGGAACCCUGAAAACACUGUUUUCGAUGUCAACCGCCUCAUCGGUCGACGCUUUGAUGACCCAGCUGUGCAGGAGGACAUGAAACGCUGGCCUUUUGAGGUGGUGAGUGAUGGCAAUGGAAAAGCGGUGAUUCAGGUGAAGUUCAAGGGAGAAAUCAAAUGCUUCACUCCGGAAGAGAUCACCUCAUUGUUGUUGGGCAAAAUGAAGGAGACCGCUGAAGCGUUUCUGGGCACUACUGUCACUAAUGCUGUCAUCGCUGUACCCACUAAUUUCAAAGACGCCCUCAAGGAACAGGCAAUCAAAGACGCCGCCUCCUUUGCCGGUCUCAAUGUGCUGCGCAUCAUCAUCAAACCAGCGUCUGCCACCUUUGUCUUUGGUCUCAACAGCACUAAAAAGAAUGUGCUCGUCUUUCAUCUUGGUGGCGCCACGCUUGAAGUCUCUCUUCUCAAAAGAGGAAACGGUGUUUACCUUUUUGACGAGAAAUCCGCCGUUUGCAGUAACUUGGGAGGGAAAGACUUUGACAAUCGUCUGGUAGAGCACUUUGCGGAGGAGUUUAAACGUCAGCACCAAAAGGACAUUUCCACUACAAAGCGAGCCCUUUCCCGACUUCGAGCUGCCUGUGAGCAAGCCAAACGUGUGCUCUCUUUUACCACACAGACGUUCAUUGAAGUGGAUUCACUUUUCAAGACGGUCGACUUUAUAGCCCCCUUCACUCGGGCCGAAUUUGAGGCACUGUGCUCUGACCUAUUUCAUUCCACACUUAAACCGGUGAAAAAAGCGCUCAGAAAUGCAGAACUUGACAAAAGUCAGAUCGACGAGGUGAUCCUGUUGGGCGGCUCGACGCACAUGCCUGAAGUUCAGGCUUUGUUGAAGGAGUUCUUUGUCGGCAAAGUGCUGCGCAAGCAGAUCAACCCAGAGGAAACUGUCGCCUACAGCGCUGCCGUCCAGGCGGAUGUUCUCAUCGGCAACUCCUCUUUUUUUCCCUUUUUGCUGAAUGAAGCUAACCUAAGUGGCACCACUCCACUUUCGCUUGGAAUUAAUGCUUCAGGCGGUGCCAUGAAGACGGUGAUCGAGCGCCACACCACUUUUCCGGUUCGAAAAACGAUGCGCCUUUCUACCACCUGGGAUUACCAGACUUCUGCUCUAUACAAAGUGUACACUGGAGAGCGAGCGAUGGCCAGUGACAACCACUGCCUUGGAACGCUUCAAUUAACAGACAUUCCAUCAAAUCUUUGUGGCAAGACGCAGUUUGACGUUUCUUUUAAAAUUGACAACUAUGGCAUUCUGGAGGUGACUGCUCAGGUGGUAGGCACUGGCCAGAAGAGUUGCAUCACCAUUCUUCACGACCAGUGGUGUCUGCCCAAGGAGAAGGUCGAGCGCCUGGUCUGGGAGGCCACCAUGCAGUACCAACUGGAGGAUGGACUUCAGCGUAAGCGAGUCAGUAUGUUCAACGCACUCCUGGAGCACGCCUAUCAGAUGAAGCGCACACUGGCAGCUGAAAACUACCUUGAAGUGGCUGAGCAACGCCGGGCAAUGGAAAAGGUGGUGAACACUCUGGCCUGGCUGCAGAACAAUGAACAGGCAAAGAAGAAGGAACUGGAAAAAAAGCGAGCUAAGCUAGAGGCAGUCUGCAAGCCUGUCAUUGAGAAACUGGCUUUGAAAAAAUGA